AUGCUUGAAAUAAGCGUUGGAGAUGUCUGGGAGCUGGCGUCAACGAUCUCUUCUCAGCUCGAAAAGUUGACAGCUGACAUUGGCAUCGAGCAGAUUCAAGGCUUCGUCGACCCGACCAUCCGCGCCCUUGAAUUACUCGAAAGCGUUGUAGAAGAAAGAUCACAGUUGAUAGAGCAAAAACUUACGGCGGAGAAAAUCGCGGAGAAUCUGAGAAACAUGAGCAACCAAGAGAAUAAUAAAGAAGCAAAGAAAAGCGACAGCUGUGAAAAAGUGGUUUACGAAGAACAAAUUUCAAGCAAAAACAAUGAACUCAACCAAUUUCAACAGACCCUCGCGCAAUACAAAAUCAAGGACCAGCAGCAGCAGUCUGAGAUCACUCGCCAGCGGCAAAUGCUCGCCACGUACGAAAAACGCGUCACAGAAUUAUCCGAUGAGCUCCGGCUAAAAGAAUGCGCGAUUCGGGAGCUAGAAGCCGACUGUGACACACUUGAAGGAGAAGCAAACAGACUGCUGGAAAUCAACAACGAAUUGAGGCUGACGCAAAAUCUAACAAUCGAUUCGAGCAUACCACCUUCUUUGGGCAAUGAUAGUAUUGCCGCGGAAAUAUCAAAUUGCGAAGAUUCCUUCCCUGAAAAUUUGCCAGACAGAACUGGACCAGAAGGCGAAGAAUUUCAGGAAGAUGAGCAAGAUCAGACCUGGAGCGCGAAAAAGUCCCUGGACGAAAAAGACAAACCGAGAUACACUCUUUAUGAAUUGGAAGAAGUUCUCAAUGAAAAGAACAAAUACAAAGAGCGUUGCUUUGUUUUGGAAGAGAAGCUAAGAGAUUUGACAAACGAUGAAAGUGUUUUAUGGGAAGGAUUGAGUAUCAAAGACUUGGAAAUGGUCGAGCCAACGACUGUAACUGCCCCGCCCACAGCUCCUCCUACUCCCUCAGAUCCAAAAUCAAUACGAAAAAUGAUGUCGAAAUGGUUCCGCGCUGGACCCACAGCAUAUCAAAACUAUCAUUCAAAAUCUUCCAUCCUCCCCUCUUCCGCCAGUAAAUCAGAAUUAAUCCGAUCCGAUCCUGUUGACGAUGACAUAAAAACGCUCAAGAUGAAAAAAUGA